GUGAGCUUAUACUUCCAGCCCGCUUUUUCCCCGCACGAUAUCCUUUCUUUCCUCCUACGAGAAAAUGAGCUCCUCCAUGGACGACGGGUUCCAACAACCACGGCGUCGAAAGCAUUUACAAAGUCAACAAUUAGCACGAUCGUCAUCACUGCCGAGCACUAAACCAACUGUACGAUCGUCAUCCCUUGUACAUAACAAUGCAAACACAUUUACACCUUUAGAUCAAAACCAGCACUUACACCGACCUUCACCGUCGACAAAUACCACUAGUAAUAUCAUCAUCACCAAUGGCAGUAUCAGCAAUACCACUUCCAGUAAUAACGGAGGCAAAAAGAAAAAGAAACGAAAAGGAGGUCAUAAAGGUAUACUAUCACCAUCGCCACCGUCGUCUUCACCAUCUUUAGAACCAUCUAUCAUACCAGCACCAUCAUCCUCGUCAACAACUACUGCCGCCAAAGCAGCCAGUGCCACAGUAAAAGACGAAGAACAAAAACAUCAACUACCAUCAUCAACUACCACCAUCACCAGCAAAGAACAACAAAAGGAACAGCAGCAGCAAGAUAAUACCAAUACUGCAGAUAAAAAUCAUCAACACGGCGUGUCAUUCUCAUUUUGGGAUUAUUUGCGGGACGAAUUAACCGUAUCAGAUUUCGACACACAACAAGAGAUCAAGCGUGAGCGGAUCACCAAUUUUCUUGGUGUGCCUGCCGCAAUCGAAAAGCUCAUGGCAUUUGGAUUUGUCGUGUGUCUGGAUUCGUUUUUGUACACAUUUACGAUCCUACCUUUACGGUUUGGUCUGGCGUUCUAUCAUUAUAUGCUCAACAUGUACCAUAAUAUCCUUGUCCUUUUGUAUAAAAAGGACGAUGACAGCUUAAAAUGGUUACGGCCUUCGCAAAAAUGCGACUUGUUGAAAGGAUUCAUCUCCUUGAUCACAUGUGUCAUGAUGUCUACGCUCGACCCAUCCCGUAUCUACCACUCUAUCCGUGGUCAAGCAGUGCUCAAGCUCUAUGUCGUCUUCAGCGUUCUAGAAGUAUUCGAUAAACUCUGUUGCUCCGUGGGCGGAGAUAUCCUGGAUGCUCUCUUUUCCAAAUCAACUUUGGGCAAUUCGGAACAUGGCAAAACUGGUGGCGCUAGUUAUGCUAAGCGACAACUCAAACCUGUUACCUUGUUUUUCCUGGCAACAGGUUACAUGGUGAUUCAUACGGCUGUUUUGUUUUUCGAAAUGAUCACCUUGAACGUAGCAAUUAAUUUCUACUCGAAUGCGUUGCUCUCGCUACUUAUUUCUAACCAGUUUGUCGAGAUAAAGCAAUCUGUGUUCAAAAAGUUUGAGCGGGAAAACCUUUUCCAAUUAAGUUGUAGUGACAUGGUUGAACGGUUUCAGCAAGUGGUUUUUCUGAUCAUCAUUACAUUGCGCAACGUCAUUGAGCUCUCUGACUCGUCCCCAUCAUCAAUACUGCCUUCCACGUUUGUACCACUUAUCAAACUACCCGCCACGACGACCUUGAACGCCCUCAUGACUCCUGUUGUGAUGGUGAUCGCUUCGGAGCUCAUUGUGGACUGGCUCAAACAUGCGUUCAUUACAAAAUUCAAUCAAAUACGGCCAUCUAUUUAUGGCAAAUAUGUUGACGUACUCUGCAAGGAUUUAGUCGUGGGGAGCCCGGGUCGAUUAAAUGGCCGUACACGCAAUGCUUUCAUUGACCAGUCGCCCGUUGUCUCACGGCGGAUUGGAUUCCCUGCUUUACCACUAGCUUGUCUUCAUAUUCGCAUGAUUCAACAGCUCCUACCAAUGAUGUUUGGAGCUGGUGAUCAAAAUAACGCAUCGAGUGCGUCUUCAUUUAUUAUACAAGGCGUGUUUGGACCGUUGGCGGACCAUCAAAGCGUCAUCGGAUCGCUGCUUCCGACACGGAUCCAGCUGAUCAUUGCCUCACUGAUACGAUACGGAUGGUUGGAAAAAGGAUUGGACCGUGUCCUACGGGUUGUUGGACAGUUCCUCAUUAUCGCCAUAUUGGCUGUCUGUCUUUUGGCACUCAAAGUGUUCGUCGGAACUAAUUUACUCGGAUAUGCUUAUCGGCGGUACGCUAGCAUGACAGAGCGCGAUACCCGCGAAAGCGAAAAAGACAAGGAGAUGAAGGAAAUGAACAAAGAUGAAGAGCUGUACAACAAGAAAUUGCGGGAAUAUCUGAGUGAUCCAGCUGACAGCGUAAUGGGGCGUGGCCCAGUCAAAUACACACUUGAAAACGUGGAUCGAUUCUCAAUGGUCAGAAGUCGAAUUCCUUGACAGCUGUCCCUUAGUUUUAGCUGCUGACUUGUAUCCUCUCUUUUACGAGGGUGAGAAAAAAAUGUUAAUAAAAAAAGAAGGUUUGAAUGGGGCAAGCAACACGUUUGGACAAAGAACAGCAACAAGCUUCCCCUCCGGCAAUCGUCA